CCCUCCUCAGCCUCCCAAAGUGCUGGGAUUACAGGUGUGAGCCACUGCGCCCGUCUCAAGUCUGGAGCAGUUUCUACUACAUCACGUCAUCUUCUUUUCUUUGUUAUAAAUUUUUAUUCAGGAUCCACAUUUCAUAUGUACAUGCUUCUCUGUGUUUUAAGAAAUCACAGAUAUGUGUUUAGUCAUAGUGAAGUCUGCUAAAUUCCUGCCUUCAGAUAUUUUAAUUACCGUGAAAGCUAAAAGAUUACAUAUUUUUUUAAUACAUUUAUGUGAAGGAAUUUUAUGCUCUUUUUUCCUGAGGGUUUUAUUAGAGUAAAAAUACUUCAUUCCUGAUUGCUUCUUACUAGCCUUCAUUUCCCACCACUCUAUUAUUAUUUAUUCAUUAAAAUAUUCUGAAAAUAUUUUAUUGGAGAAAGUUUGUUAUAUCCAGUGCCAACCUGGAUUGAUUCUUCUGUUUUUCUGUUUACAUUCCCAUAAGAUUAAUGUAUUUGUCCAUUUGAUUUACUUAGAAUCAGGUGUAAGUAUCCAUCUGAUAGGUAAUAUUCAUGUAAUCACAGUGAAGAAACAAAUAUAGCUUCAGCCAGCUUCACUUAGUAAGGGAACAUUUGUGAGUUUAUGGUUUUGUUUGUUUUGCCUAAGCACAGAAAAUUGGACAUCAUUUCUCUUAAAAUUUUUUUUUUCCUUUUUCCUGUUUCUGUUUGUAUGUUCUAUUGCUGACUUUUUUUUAACAAAUUCAGAUUAAAGGAUACCUCUAUUCCAAUGUGUAAUCUGCUGUAGUUUUUAAAAGUACCUAUGUGUGGUCCUUGAAUUUAAGGCAGUUUUAUAUAUUUUAUUUUAAAGUAAUUUGAAAUGUCAUAACAGGUAUUUGUAAUUCAUUUCUUGGACAGGAGAAGAUGUAUUUUGAGAAAUAAAUGAUAUAUUUUAUGUUAAUAUAGUCAACACAGAUAUCUGUUAUGUAAGAAUCAUGAGAAAUUAGCAUAAGGUAUAGUUUGCUUUUGUCCGUCAUAGCCUCAGGUUUUUAAGUUUUUGUUUAAAAUGAAGUGUAAUAGCUUUUUGCCAAACUUUUUUUCUUGUUCAUAAUCUGCUAACACAUCAAACUGUAAGAGAAGUACUCCCUGAACAUUGUGUGUGUCUCCUUGCUAGUAUUUGAUUAAUACCCGCCCGUAUGACAGGAGACAACGUCUCAGCCUUUUUCACAGCAAUCUUGUUUUAAAUGAGGGAAGAAUGGGCAACUGAUUUAUUUCUUUGAGAGGAAGCCUUCAGUUUCUAAAUAAUACAUCAUCAUUUAUCUAAAUAGAAGACUUGUUUUCUUCACUUAAGCAUAUCCAACAUACUUUGGUAGAUUCUCAGAGCCAGGAGGAUAUUUCACUGCUUUUACAACUUGUUCAAAAUAAGGAUUUUCAGAAUGCAUUUAAGAUACACAAUGCCAUCACUGUACACAUGAACAAGGCCAGUCCUCCAUUUCCUCUUAUCUCCAACGCUCAAGAUCUUGCUCAAGAGGUACAAACUGUUUUGAAGCCAGUCCAUCAUAAAGAAGGACAAGAACUAACUGCUUUGCUGAAUACUCCACAUAUUCAGGCACUUUUACUGGCCCACGAUAAGGUUGCUGAACAGGAAAUGCAGCUAGAGCCCAUUACAGAUGAGAGAGUUUAUGAAAGUAUUGGCCAGUAUGGAGGAGAAACUGUAAAAAUAGUUCGUAUAGAAAAGGCUCGUGAUAUUCCAUUGGGUGCUACAGUUCGUAAUGAAAUGGACUCUGUCAUCAUUAGCCGGAUAGUAAAAGGGGGUGCUGCAGAGAAAAGUGGUCUGUUGCAUGAAGGAGAUGAAGUUCUAGAGAUUAAUGGCAUUGAAAUUCGGGGAAAAGAUGUCAAUGAGGUUUUUGACUUGCUGUCUGAUAUGCAUGGUACUUUGACUUUUGUUCUGAUUCCCAGUCAACAGAUCAAGCCGCCUCCUGCCAAGGAAACAGUAAUCCAUGUAAAAGCUCAUUUUGACUAUGACCCUUCAGAUGACCCUUAUGUUCCGUGUCGAGAGUUAGGUCUGUCUUUUCAAAAAGGUGAUAUACUUCAUGUGAUCAGUCAAGAGGAUCCAAACUGGUGGCAGGCCUACAGGGAAGGGGACGAAGAUAAUCAACCUCUAGCUGGCCUUGUUCCAGGGAAAAGCUUUCAGCAGCAAAGGGAAGCCAUGAAGCAAACCAUAGAAGAAGAUAAGGAGCCAGAAAAAUCAGGAAAACUAUGGUGUGCAAAGAAGAACAAAAAGAAGAGGAAAAAGGUUUUAUAUAAUGCCAAUAAAAAUGAUGAUUAUGACAAUGAGGAGAUCUUAACCUAUGAGGAAAUGUCACUUUAUCAUCAGCCAGCAAAUAGGAAGAGACCUAUCAUCUUGAUUGGUCCACAGAACUGUGGCCAGAAUGAAUUGCGUCAGAGGCUCAUGAACAAAGAAAAGGACCGCUUUGCAUCUGCAGUGCCUCAUACAACUCGGAGUAGGCGAGACCAAGAAGUAGCUGGUAGAGAUUACCACUUUGUUUCUCGGCAAGCAUUCGAGGCAGACAUAGCAGCUGGAAAGUUCAUUGAGCAUGGUGAAUUUGAGAAGAAUUUGUAUGGAACUAGCAUAGAUUCUGUACGGCAAGUGAUCAACUCUGGCAAAAUAUGUCUUUUAAGUCUUCGUACACAGUCAUUGAAGACUCUUCGGAAUUCAGAUUUGAAACCAUAUAUUAUCUUCAUUGCACCCCCUUCACAAGAAAGACUUCGGGCAUUAUUGGCCAAAGAAGGCAAAAAUCCAAAGCCUGAAGAAUUGAGAGAAAUCAUUGAGAAGACAAGAGAGAUGGAGCAGAACAAUGGCCACUACUUUGAUACAGCAAUUGUGAAUUCAGAUCUUGAUAAAGCCUAUCAGGAAUUGCUUAGGUUAAUUAACAAACUUGAUACUGAACCUCAGUGGGUACCGUCCACUUGGCUGAGGUGAAAGAAACAUCCAUUCUAUGGCACGUUGGACUUGAUCUGGCAAAAACUGCCAGUAGGAAGAUUGCCCGACACUGCAGCAAGUUUGAGGAUAGGGUGGAAGGCAGCAGUAUAAGCUGUAGAUCUGUUCUUAGAUCUCUUGAAUUAGUGAGAGGACAGUUCCCUUAGGCAGUUUGUGCACAGCAUCCUUUAUUCUCUAUACAUGGCUUUAGCGGUUUUUGCCUCAUUUUGGGAUUCUAAAUGGAAGCUUUCAACAGAGCAUUCCAUUUUGUCGUGUUAAAACCUUUUGUUUUCACCUAAACCCUUUCUGCUUAGUCGUAUCUGUGAAAAACUUGUAUACACAAGUAUCCAUGUCUCACACAAAUAUUGAUGUGAUUACACUUAAGUGUUAAAUCAUUUACACUUAAAUGACUUCAUUGGGAAUAUUGAGCAGAGGGAUUGUGCUUCUAUGCACUGGGCAAGGCAGUAUUUGCUUAGGAGACUAAUUCAGUCAUCAGAGAUACUUUCCUAAAAAGGAAAAAUAAAAAACAAAAUGGUGCCACUUUGGGUUGGAGCUGCUUUGUUAGGCUUGAAUUCAUUUGUAUGUCUUUUAAUUCUUAAAAAAACAAAAAACAUUCCAUUAGAAGCACCAGUUUUUUUGCUCAAAUUUUGUGGAUCAGACUCUACACUCAACACACUCUAAUAAUCUACUUAAAGGUACACAAAAUAUGCUGAUCUUUUUUAAAUUAUGAUUUUCUGAAUUUUUUUUCUUAAGUCGUCUCAACUGAUUUACUAAGUACCUAGCUCAUCUGCAUAGUAUAGUAGGAUGUAUGUUACAUUUUUAUGAAUGGCAGGUAUUCAUUAUAAUCUGUAUUGACUGUUAAAAAGUUUCUUCCUCAUGAUGCUAAUAGUUUUUUAUAUACAUGGGAGGACAGCACAUUUGACAGUUUUCGCAUUUUUAUGUAUGAGCACAGUAUUCUAUGACUGUGCUACAUAUAUAUAGGUAAUAAACUGGAAUUCUGUUGAUGAAUAUAGCUGCUGUACUGUAUAUUAAUAUUUAAUAGAUCAACAAAUGGUCAUUGAAAACACUUGUUUAGCAUCUGAAUAAAAUUAUAUAUGUCCUUGGGAAAUACUAUGACAAUUGACUUUAAGAUCAAAAGGAAAGGAAGACCUGAAAGUCAUUUGAAUAUUUUAGGAAAAGAAUAUUAGAGAGAAAAAGGUAUUACGUAUAUAGAAAUAGGUUUUUAACCUAACAAGGUCUGCCUCUCAUGACCAGAAUGCAACAGCUUGGUAAAUCAUAAAAAACAUUUAAGCUAAUAGGAUUUUUGUACUGUCUCUAUAGCUGUAGCUUUAAAAUUCAACAUGUAUAAUUGGCAUGGAAACUUAAUUUGCAGUCUUUUCAAGCCUUUAGGAUAGUGUGAUGUGUGACAAACAACCUCAAAUGUGAAUGCCUUGAUUUUAUUUUUAUGGUGACUUUAGCUACAGCAUUUCCUAUUCCCAGAGCUAAACACUGGAAUAAUACUGACAUCAUUUAACAUUAAGCAAUUGUGUUUAAGGAGUAAUUUGUGUCAUGUAUAUAUUUGAUUUUUUUCCUCUUCUACGUAAUUUUAUUUGAACAAAUGUAGACAGUUUAUAUGUUGCCUUUUUCUGUUCAAAUUUGCAUGGCCUAUUAAGUUGGCUGGAGAGUGUUUUAUGUGGAAAUAUUUUCAAGAUAAUGUUCCUUAGGAAGAAAAUAACAUUUUUCGGUUGAGGGAAGGAAUGUCAUACAUACUGUCUCUUCAGCUCUGAAAUACUCCAAUUUAGAGCCAGGAAAAUUCACAGGUCACACCGAUUUUUGGCAUUAAAAGCUAAGGAAUAUACUUAGCACUUAAUCUUUUCAGUUUUCCAGUUUACUUCUCAGGAAUGAAGGGCAAUCUGUGGUUGACAAUGGAGUUUUGUGAUCUGCUUAUUGUAACUGACAACUGUUUUCAACUCUAAGAGCUAAACUAUUGGCAGUUCAUGUUAAGAUAGAGUGAGGUUGUAGGUAGUGUCAGUGAGUGGCUCUUGUGCCCACUGUAGACAUUAGGCCUGCACUAGGGCCAUGUGCUGUCAAGAUUCAGGAACAUGGCUUUAACAAGUAGAUCUUGUACCAAGGCAGAGGCCAUGCCAUGCCGUACUUUUAGGAAGUCUGAGGUGAUAAAUAUUUCAAGGUCAGUGAAGUCCUAUCAUUCUCCCCUUCCUCAUCAGCAAUGAUAGAAAUGUCCCAAACUUUUCUAAAUCCCAGUGAUAAGGAUGUGCUGAUAUUCAACACAGUCCUUAAAGUGAAAAGUGAGUUGUUGCUGACCUCCACAAAAGAAUACGGAAAAAAGCCUUGCUGUACACCUAGUUGUACAGCCACUCUGGCCAAUUCUAUUUCCUGUCCCUCUGUGGUUCUGACUGGAGACCCCAUUGUUGGGGGGGGAGGUCUUACCCAUUUAAUAUAGAAAUGAUAUCAAUAACUAAUGCAGUGUACUUGGAAAAUCCAAAUAAGGAAGUGUUAAGGUUGGUGCAUAUCUUUAUUUCUCAAAUUUUCAUUGUCAGAACAAAUGGAUGGAGAAUAUUAUUUAGACUAAUCCAGAUUUGCUUUCUAUGAAAAUCAAAUGUCUGGAUUAUUUUCCUUUUCUCAUGGCCUAAGAAAUAAGUAUUGAUAAGGAAUGAUUUGAAUGUAAUUUUGUGAAUGUGUGGAAAAUAUAAAGCAGGGAUUUAGCCUUAAUAAAGGUAACCUUCUGACAUCUGUUGUUAAUCCCCCUUUGUACUCUUAUCCUGUAUCUGCACUCUGUUAUUUUGAGAUGUCAUACUGUACACUGUAUUGUAAAAAUAAAAAGUAAAAUUAUAUUUCAAAUUUUAAAA